AGAAAGAUGAACUCCCUCCUCGCCUUCGCCGUGCUCAUUGCAUGGGCCUUGUCCCCAGCUCAUGGGAGCCUUUGGGAUCUGCAAAAGAUGAUCACGAAGGUGACGGGGAAAAACGCUUUGCUGCAUUACUCCUUCUACGGCUGCUACUGCGGAUUUGGGGGCAGAGGGCAGCCCAAGGAUGCCACGGACAGGUGCUGCCAGCUGCAUGAUGCCUGCUACAACAGCCUCCUGCGCCACCACUGCAAUGCCAGCGUGCAGAGCUACCGCUACGACUGGUCCAGCAGCAGCCCCUCCUGCAGAAAGGGCUCAUGGUGCUCCCAGCUCUCGUGCGAGUGCGACCGCAGCCUGGCGCUUUGCCUGAAGAGAAGCAUCGGGAGCUACAGGAGGCGCCUCCAGUUCUACCCCAAGCACUGGUGCCGGUGA